AGAACACGCUGCGCGAGCCUCGCUUCUUGCCUUACUUGUUUGCUGGCUUGUUGCUCGUCGAACACAAUCGAGAUGGAAGACGUGGUUGCGGCGAUUGCCGAGCUGAAGAAUGUGGAGGUGCGGGAGAUUGCGGGGAAACGAAAGGGGUUGGUGGCCACCAUGCCCAUCAAAGCAGGCACACCCAUCCUGAGUGAAAAGCCAGCGGUCUGCUUCUCCGCUCCAGCCAACAAGAAAUUCAAGAACGCGGGUGAGCCCAACUUUGUGCUGGCCAAGUCCUUGUUGUCGAGGCCGGAUGCAGACAGCGUUGGGUUUGGGCUCCUCAAUGCGUACAUGCCAGGGCACGAUCCAGACCAUCCCAUCUUCCAAGACCGCAAGGAUAUCCUGGACGAGGAUGCCCAGCGCUUGUUCCAGUUCCUGCACCCCGAGGCCACAGCACACCCCGCUUCAGACGCGCCAUCACAGCCACAGCCAACCGAGAACGCCGACGGGGUGGAGCCCCUGUCACUGGACGACCUCAGGCAGCUGCUGGCCGUGAUCCACCUCAACUCCUUUGCGCUGUCAUCUGAGCGGUUCCCGGGCAUGACGACCUACGGGUUCUAUCUGCGCAUGGCGUUCUGCAAUCAUUCCUGCAGACCAAACGCGUGCCAGUACAUUGACCCCAACAGCACCCGCGCGCGGCUGAACUCGCCCUCCAUCGUGCUUCGCGCCGUCUCGGACAUUGCCGAGGGCGAGGAAGUGUGCAUCUCCUACAUUGAGCUCAUGGACACGACCCCGGAGCGGCGGGAGGCCUUGCAGGAGCUGUACUACUUCACCUGCCAAUGCCCACGAUGCGAACGCGCCCUGCCCCUGCACCUGCCAUCGUCGUCCCCAUCGGCGGAGAAGAAGACAAAGGCCGACGACGCGACGGCGACGGCGACGGCAGGCGAUGGAGAAGAAGAGGGCAGCUUGGCGCUGGAGACGCGCGUGGUGGAGGAGUUUCGGGCCACGUUGCAGGCGGCCAACGACAAGGCAAAGGCGAAGGACAUGAAGGGGUCCAUGUUGGCGUGGGGCCGGUGCGCGGAGCUGGGGGAGCGCAUCUACCCGUCCAACUGGCCAACCAUGGCCACGCUGUACAAGCACGCGCACACGGCCGCCAAGGCAGCGGGGGCCAACCCGUUUGUGCUGGAGGCGUGGAAGCAGCGGUUCAACGAAGCACGGCGCAAGUGCCGCGGCCCGCAGUGCGCAGCGUGUAACUGCUUCCUGACGGGCCCGCUGCUGUGCGGGCGGUGUCGACAGGUCGCGUACUGCUCAAGCGAAUGCCAGCGCCAGCACUGGAAGGCCGCACACAAGCGUGAAUGCAAACCGCCAGCAAAGGUGCCCGACAACUGAUUCUGUGUAUGUGUGUAUGUGUGUGUGUGCGUGUGUGCGUGCGUCUGUGUGUGGAUCUUUGUGUAUAUUUGUGUAUCUUUGUGUAUGUGUGACUGUCUUUGUGCAUCUUUGUGUGUGUGUGUGUGUUUGUGAGUCGACAGACAACACCUUAUGUGUGCGAGACAGUCGACACGAUCAUCCUAUGUAUGUGCGCGCAAGCAUAUGUAACUGCAUGCACAGCGUCACAUGGUGUGUGUGUGUGUGUGUUGCCUGCUAUCGAUGUCUUGUUUUGCGCCUUCCACCUUCCCUCUUCUUCUCACUCACUGCACCUCUCUAUCUGAGCAGCACAUGAGUGUGUUUAAUUGCCUGACAGCCAAAACCAACGACUAACAUGACGCACUUUGUUGAAUGGGCCACCAGUGCCCUUGAUGCAUGAUGGCAAGGACUGCGUGCGUUGGCGUGGGAGUAACUGAAAACAAUAGACGCGUGCGUGGCGA